GUAGAGUCCGGCAAAGUGUCGAACUGGGGACUGAAGUGAAGAGGAAGUACUUUUUAAAAUGGAAAUCUGGCAAAUCAUAGUUUAACUUUCUUCAGCCGAACGGAGGGAGAAGCUAUGCCUGCACAACCCCCUGUGAGGGAGCCAGAGGAGGAGAUGGAGGCAGAAGGAGAGUCACAGCUCCCUGAGGCCAAUGGAGAGGUGGAGGAACCGAGAGAGGAUGAAGGAAGAGGAGGUGGAGGUGGCGAGGAGACCAUGGAGGAGAGCGUGGAAGAGAGGGAGAGUGACUUAGAAGAGAGUGAAGAGGAAGAAGAAGAGGAGGAGGAGGAAGAGGAGAGUUCAGAGAUGGACGAUGAGGACUGUGAGCGGAGGAGAGGGGAAUGUCUAGAUGAGAUGUUGGAUCUGGAAAAACAAUUUCAGGAGCUCAAAGAAAAGUUGUUUCGGGAGCGGCUGAACCAGGUGAAAGUGAAGCUGGACGAGGUGUUGACAGGGAAGGCUGGAGAAUACAGAGAACCACUGGCUGCGCUACAGAACAGCAUGCAGAUACGAACACAAGUGGCCGGAGUGUACAGAGAGCUGUGUCUGCAGGUGAUCAAACACAAGCAUGAGUGUGAAGUACAAGGAGCACGGCAGCACCUGGAGAGUGAGAAGACGUUGCUGUUUGACGCCAUGAAGACGGAGCUGCUGGAAAAGAUAAGGAGACUGGAGGAGGACAGACAGAAUAUAGAUCUCACCUCAGAGUGGAGCGAUGAGAUGAGGAGCAAGAAGUGUAAAAGAAAGAACCCACUGGGUCGGUUGGAGAGAAAAAAGAAAGUAGCUCUGGUUUCAGGACCUUUCAUUGUCUACAUGUUGAGAGACAUCGACAUACUUGAAGACUGGACAGCUAUAAAGAAAGCAAAAGCUGCACUGUCGCCACUAAAAAAGAAAGCUGAAAAUAAAGCUCUUCAGGCACACUCGGCGGCAGCAGGAUUUUUCAACAGUGUGUUUGCAGAGAUGAGUCUUCGCAACCCCCUGACUGGCUGAAUCACCUCCCAUGCUCUUCACAGUGGUGUGGUUUCUCUGCUGUGUGAAUAUGUCCUGCUGAGAUGUCCUCUCUCCCUGAAGCACCUCCAGCAGAACUCACAGUGGUACUGUUUUUGUAGACCAGGUGUAGCGCUUUCCGCUCCCAUCACAUCUGUAUGGUCUCUCUGCUGUGGGAACACACUUGAUGGGACUUCAACUCUGCCUCUGACUUCAUCUCCCGCACUGGUUACAGCAGCAGAUGUGCCCUGGUGUGGCUACCCUUCUGUGACUUGUGUUGGUCUGGAGGCCGGAGGCUGUAGAAAAGCUUUUCUCACACAGUUACAUUGGUGUGGUUUCUCUGCAGUGUGAAGGCGCUGGUGUGGC